ACCGUACCCGCUGGAAGGAUGAGGCUCAAGGACACGCCGCUUCUGACACUGAAGCUGCCAACUUGAAUACAUACUACAAUCACGCCUUCAAGCACCUUUCCAUAUCACGACUGUAACGAACAUCAUGACUCCAAGCAUCAAAGCGGCCCUCAUAAUCGUUGACCUUCAGGAAGACUUCUGCCCACCGAAAGGCAGUCUUGCCGUGACUGAUGGCCGGUCCAUUGCUCCCGUGAUCAAUGACCUCCUCAAACUACCAUGGACUCUCCGUGUAGCGACAAAGGACAUGCACCCUAAAGACCACAUCUCUUUCGCAUCACAACAUCCUCCGCCGAACAACAAACCCUUUGAGUCGUCCAUCACUAUCGCCAACCCUCACAAUCCUGAAGAGACCCAGACAACAAAUCUAUGGCCAGAUCACUGUGUCGCUGGCUCACCAGGUAGCGAGUUGAUCCCAGAGCUUGAUGUCAGCAGAUUAGACGAGGUUGUGGAAAAGGGUCAAGACAAGAGAGUGGAGAUGUAUUCGGCCUUCUGCACACCUUUCCUGAAUCCAAAGAUCGUCGAGACUGGUUUGGCAAAGACGUUGAAAGAGAAGGGCGUCACACAUGUCUUCUGUGUUGGCCUAGCAGCAGAUUUCUGCGUCAAAGCUACUGCUAUCGAUGCGGCCAAGGAGGGCUUCGAAACCGUCGUCAUCCGCGAAGGCACAAAAGGCGUCGAACAAGGCGACGAGGCAGACAAGAAGCUUGCACAAGAGUUGAAAGAGAACAACGUCAAGAUGGUCAGCGUCGACGGACCCGAGGUCGCUAAGGUCAGAGACCUGCAGUAGACUUGCAGGGUCCAAAUCAUCAAAACUAGUCAGAUCAAAAUUCCACGCCUAGCUCCUACAAUGUCUGUGUAUAUCCGGACCCAACAGCUAUAGCCCAUCCUUCGUAGGUAAGGCUCAAAUUCGUGUACAAUGAGUAGCUACCUCACGUGCUCGUGGAAAGUGUCCCAGGAACUCCAUAGUCAGUCGUGCUCGAGCCUAAGCUCUGUAUGAGCAGUUUCACGUA